UAAUGGUGAAAAAAUGCCAACCUGUAAAAUAUCUUUGCGUUUGCGCUGUUUGUUGUUUAACAAAUUAAUUAAAAUUCAAACAAAUGACCGCUAAAUUAUAAAGUGUAAAAUAUAAAUAGUAAAUUUUAGGUGCAAAUCAUUUGAAUGUAAAGUGUAGUGUUUUUAAAAGUAUGGAAUUGUACCAAAAUGCUGGGUAGCGUAAGACUCACUCCAAGGACGUUAAAACAAAAGAAAAAGAGUCGUAAGGAAUUUUCUAAUUAUGUGAAUUCAUAUGAAUGAAAUUUCAUAUUAAAGUACUAAAAAUCGGAAAUCGCAAACCUAAAAACGCUGCCUUCUUUUAAGAAUAACAAAGCAUUGAUCAAAGGUAUCGUUUAACAAAGAUAAUUUCGUCACCAAUCACAUACCUCUUCAUUUGGUAAUUUGACAUUUUUUCUCAAUGAAAACCGGACUGGUUAGUUCAUUUGUGCGUUCGCUUGGAAACAGCCAUGGCCAAUACAAAUAAGAAUACGUGAAACGUUGUGUAUGCAGACGCUGUUACAGCUAAAGCAAUCCAGUGCCGAAGAGCUAAUAAAAAAACACAUAGAAAAACAAUAAAAGAAAAAGUGUAGAAACAACAAGCGUGUAGGCCGCAGCAGCCAAAGUGGUAAGCGGAGUACCACGUUAGGUGUGUAGGAAAAACUUGAUUUCUACGUGCCUCCCUUCAUUGCUUUGCCGAUAAAAAACAGACAAUAAACAAACUCCAAACUAUUAACUUGGGAUUUUUUAUGCUGGUGAAUGAUCUACAAGUGCGGCUGCGUACAAUCAGUCACAACGGUUGAUAAAGAAGCAUUCGCAUUUGUGCACCGAUGGCCCACCAUAAUUAAAUCUAAGACACGCGACAAGCAAGUUUACCAACUACCUUUGGCGUGUAACAACAGUAUUGUGGAGUUUGAAGCUAUUUGCGCGCUCAGUGAGAUUACAGUUUUCACAUCAAUUAUGCAUCACCAUCAUCCACUAUCACCCUCACAGUCUGCUGCAGGUGCACCUUCUGCUGGCAGCAAUGGAGCGGCCUCCGCGCUGCCUAAUGUAAGCGCCAACAACACUGUAGCUGGUCCUGGCGGUGGUAAUGGGCCCAGCACUAGUGCAGGCACUUCACAUGUGCAGCAGCGACGUCGAAAGAAACGCCCGAACUAUGGUACACGCACAGUGGAGGUUCGUCGCGGUUACAAUGGAUUCGGUUUUACCAUAUCUGGCCAGCAGCCCUGCCGUCUAUCGUGUAUAGUUGCCAAUUCACCAGCAGACCAGGCUGGACUACGCGCUGGUGAUUUUCUAAUAUCAGUUAAUGGUUUAAACGUAUCAAAGUUACCACACGAAACUGUUGUGCAAUUGAUUGGCAAUUCAUUUGGCAGUAUACGGAUGCAGAUAGCUGAGAACUAUUACUCGGAUAGUUCGGAUGAGGAGAAUGCAGCGCUCAUGCUGCAGCAACAAUCGGCUGUCGCGGGAUUGAAUGGUGUGCUCUCCAGCCAGUUUGGUUUAGCUGGAGGUGGCGCACGCGCUAAGCCCCGUUAUCUGCAUCACAAAGCGAAGAUGCAUCGAUUGCGCAAUUCGCCACAAAAGAAGCGCUCUGUGACUUUACAGCAGCAACAACAAUUGGCGCGUGCCGAACAGCUUUCAAAGUGUGUGUCUGCACUCAAACCGAUGGAACUACAGAAAUUGCGCCCGCUCAUUGAGGAUCUACCGCUACCUGCAGGUGGAUCUGCGUAUGUAUUGCCAAGUGGUAGCGCACCAAAAGUAGCUGCAGCUGCUGUAGCAACUUCGUCCAACUCUGGCGCCGACUUGGCAAAUGUAAAUGCCAUGGCGCGUGCACCGGCCGCUGCGUUGGAAUAUCGCGCAAUUGUCGGUUAUUUGGGCACUAUCGAAAUGCCGAAACAAAUUUCGAAUAGUUCAAAAUUGCAGACAGUCCGCUCUUGCAUACGCAAGUUACGGCAGGAAAAGCGGCAACCCAACAUGGUAUUAAUGACUAUACUGCCCGACUGUCUGCGUCUACAAGCGGCGAACGGCAAUACACUUGCAAGUUACGCCUCUGAACGCUUAAACUAUGUGAGCUCAUCAUCGGAAAGUGAGAAUCGUUUCUUCGGUUUGGUCACCAGUGCCGUGCACACCUCACAAAUGGACGAAGAAGAUGAAGAUGACGACGAUCUGCACAAUGACGCAAUGAAUGCACGCAAUGGUCAAGCAGCAGUAGGUGCUGGUGGCAAUAAUGGGAAUGCGCACAUCAGUAUUUCGAAUAGUUGCCAUGUUUUUGUAGUGGACACAAAGUUGUGUGAGCAUCAGACGCAUAUGCCGCGCGCUGCCGAAUUUCGUAUACACUGUACACGCGAUCCCAUAUCAAGUCUGUGCCUGGAGUUCCCAAAUAACUCCGAAUACGUCGUGAAUCUCAUACGCAGCAUGUAUACAAUGCGCAUAAUGCCACCGGUGGUCAGACAUCAUGCGGCCGAGGAUCUUAUGAAUGGAGGAGGUGGCGGGGGGCCAGCAGCGGCUGCGCAUUCACCACAGCCCAGUAAUCAUAGCGAGAUCUCAACAACCACAUCGAAUUCGGAUUCGGGCAUCGGAUUUCACAAUGACUGCAACAACAUCUCUGAUCGCAUACUAGUGGUGGACUUUCCUGGUGCGCCGGAGCUACGCAUGCGGCCAAUGGGCGCACGUCCGAUGGGCAUAUUCAACAACUUCGACAAUGUUAUAGAUAAGCGACCAGCUGCACGCGCAAUGCCUGAAGCGAACACACCACCCGAGAGCGCUGCUGGUGCAUCCAAUAGCAGCAGCGUGCAUUGCCAAGCGGCAUGUCCAAAUCUACUCGCUAACUUCAAUCUCGUCAAGAGCCCUGCCACGUCGCUACAAACAACACGCUCUUGUGAUGAUGUGCUGGCGUUGGUCGAACGCAGCGCAGACGAUGGCGAGGCAGCCAUUUUAGAUCAGCAGCAGCUAGCCGUACCUCAUGCAUCCAUGGACGAUAUUUCAUUGCACUCUGCCGCUCCCUCAGCGUCUGCCAUAAGCUGUUCCGCUGCUGAUGAUCAUCUCUUUCUACAUCCUGCCGCGUGUAUGCUGGCGAUGCAACAUCAAAAACUACGUCCCACUGCAAGCCAAGUGUAUACGUUACUGCAGGAUUGUCUAUCGCGCGCGCGCAUUUCACGGCAAUCAAUACCGGCCCAUCCAACCGCGAAUACGUUACAUAGUAAGCAACAAAAUGCGCAAAGCGGCAGCAUAACUGGUGCAGCUGCACCACCGCCAAACAAGCGGCAUUCAAUUGGCUUUCAAGCAUCAGAUAUUGCACCACCGGCUUCAACGCUCACUGGCGGGAAUUUUGAUACGAAUAUAUGGAAAAGUUUGCAGGACUUACGCGAUAAUAACGGCAAAGAACAGUCAAAUGUGCCACGCAUGCUGGAUGGCAUCAACAGUGAACCAGAUCUGCUGAAUCCAAAUCUUCCCGCAAAUGCCUCACCAUUCCGUCGUGCUUGGGGUCAAUCGUCCUUUCGCACGCCACGCACCGACAAACACGCCCACCACCACCAGCAACAUCAACUGCAAUUGCAGCAGCAAUCCGGCCAGCAUCAGCAUCUCAGUCCACUAGUGCGUCGUGCCUCAUCAAUGACAGCGUCCGACAAUGAUGUAUACAUCAAGUCCAUGCAUCAUGGCGGUUACCAUGAUGAGCUCAAGCAAGCGCGUAGCCAACAUCAGAUAGCUACGGCAGCGGCAGCUUUGGUUGCCGCACGAAAUGCCAAUACAGGGGUAGCCAUAGCAGCCCCACAAACGUCGACGAACGCCGCAAAUAAUGGCGGCAGCUGCACUGGUCAGCUAAAGGUGCCACAGCUGAAGACCACAAACGUGUCCGCCACAGAUAAUGGUGUUACAGGCGUGGCUGCCUGGGGUACAGCUUUUGAACGGCUGCUGGAGGAUCCCGCUGGUAUGCAUACUUUCGCCGAGUUUCUGAAAAAAGAAUUCUCAGCGGAGAAUAUCUACUUUUGGACUGCAUGCGAACGCUUUCGUGCACUGGAGAGCAGCGUGGAGCGUGCGACGCAAGCAAUGACCAUCUUCUCGAAGCAUCUGGCAAAUGGCGCUUUGGAGCCGGUAAAUGUCGAUUCGCAGGCACGCAAUCUGACGCAAGAGAAGCUGGAGAGCGCAGACACAGAUCUCUUUGCGCCAGCGCAGAAGCAAAUUUUCAAUUUGAUGAAAUUCGACAGCUACCAACGCUUCAUACGUUCUGAUAUGUACAAAAGUUGCCUAGAGGCAGAGGAAAAGCGUCAGCAGUUGCCUUAUAAAGCGGAAGAUUUAGAUGAGUUGCUAAGAACGUCGGCGCAUCAAGCAGUCACAGUGAGCAGUGUUGUGUCGAAGCUGAAGAAGUCCGCCAGCAAUGCAGAGGACCGCUGCCGCAAAAGCCUACUGCCUUGGCAUCGUAAAACGAGCAGCAACAAAGCGCCACGAGAACCCGCCGAUGGCUGCGCUGACAGUAAAACUUCAAAUAAUAAGUUGGCUCUACUCUCCAGCCAUUCGCUCAAAGUGGCACCCACACAGAAUUCUCAAAGCGAUAUACACAGCUCACGCUCCUCACUCUCGUCUUUCGAUGGCCUGACAGGCGCAUCCAUACUGCCGGGCACGUGUCGCGUAAUCUUGAGUGACGCGUCAACAACAAUGGUGCAAGCGCGUCCAAACGAAACAGUAGGCCAGCUCGUAGAGCGUUUGCUAGAGAAACGUGGCCUCACCUAUCAAUAUUACGAUGUGGUGGCCAAAGGCACCACCAAAUCCAUAGAUAUGCAAAGUUCGUCACAAACGCUCAUUGGCAAAGAUGUGCUCAUCGAGCAGCGCGUCGCCUUCAAGAUGGAUUUGCCCGAUCGCAAAGUGAUAUCGGUGAAGAGCAAACCCAAGAAGCAGUUGCACGAAGUAGUACGUCCCAUUCUACAUAAAUACAACUACGACAUUGAGGCGGUACAAGUGGUGCUGCGCGAAACGCAGGAGCCCGUCGAUCUUUCACUGACUGUGACGCACGCCGAUGGACAGCGUCUGCAGGCUGUAUGGUUGAAGCCACCGCCAUUAUUGCUUAGCGGCGACUAUCAAAACGGCAAUGGUUGUGCAGCAAAAGUCGCAAAGCCAUCGGCUUCGGUGAAGAGCGUCUCCUUUCCGUGCACAGUAAAACAGGUAAAUGGCGGCAUUGUGCGUAAUACGAAUGGUAAUGGACUUGCUGUGGCCUCGCUCUCAUCUCAUCCAACACAGAGCGCUUUGGAUGAGAUCACCAACAAAGUGUUCACUGAACUGAUGCAGGUCAAAGUGGAGGCGGCCAGCGCGGAAAAGCCAUUGGCAGCAGUUAACAGCAAGGCCAAUGAUCUCGCUUCGCUUAAGUCCGAAGACUGCGCUUCGGAAACUUCAUCGAUUUUCGAGCGCAUUCGUCGACGUGACACCAACAUCGCUGGCCUCAAACUGAAACUGAAGAAGCGCUCGACAAGUAGUCAACAUUCCGAGGAGACAAACCAAAGCAGCCAUACAACAGCUAGUAAUGGGCAAUUGUCCGCACCAAUAGCGUCCGCCACAACAUUGGAUGUAAAGAAACCAAUUAUUGCUAAGCUAAAAGCAGGCGUUAAACUACAAAUGCCGGAGCGAGUAGCUGAAAAUCAAGAUGAACUACUCGAAGGCCUAAAACGAGCCCAACUUGCACGUUUGGAAGACCAACGCGGCACAGAGAUCAACUUUGAAUUGCCCGAUUUUCUAAAGAACAAAGAAAAUCUCAACGCCUCAAAGUUACGCAAAGCGCGCGCUAAUCUUAGUUCGAUCAGCAAAUCCUACAAUGCUACUACGCAUCCCACACCUGCACACACCAGCAUCACCCCCACCUUAGCAACCACUGAGGAGCUACCUUCACCGCAGCUAGAGCGUCCACAACCCGCACCACGCCUUUCCAUUACUAACAAACUGAAAGCAACCACACCUGUAUCACCAGUGAAGCCAGAAGAAGAGCCGCCAGCACUACCGAACUCACUUGAAGGUCAUCAAUCGCAAUCCACGAAUACUUCUAAUUCAUCAUUGGAGGCUGAAUAUGCAACGGCAACAUUGGCAGCAGCAGCAGCAGCAACGGCAGGUAGCUGCAAAGGACCACCGCCGUUGCCACCCAAACCAAAAGUUUUGCCCAUCAAACCAUCGAAUUGGGGCGCUGCUGCUGCUGCGAGUAUGACGACCUCGUCCACAACCACUUCGCCCACAACUCCCUCAAUGGCUUUGCCCUCGUUGCCGAUGGCUACACCUAAGAAUUACACCACAAUUGGCUUGUCUACUGGCGCUACAGCCAUGGCGGAGGAUGCUACAAUGUUGCUGCAUGCCGCCAGCAAAUAUUGCACUUCAAAUGAAAUAGCGCCGCGCAAAACUCAUCUAAGCAUUGCGUCGGAGCAGCCGACAUCGGCACGCUGUGCAUACCUAGAGGAGCCGAGUAGCAGCUUUGUGUAAGACAGAGAGAGAGAAAAAAUGAAAAAUCAGAAGUAGCGCGAGUAUAGGAGAUAUAAGUUAGCUUCCACGUUCCACUUCUAUUCUCCCCAGAGCCAAAAUCGUAUAUGCCCCAUGCAUACCUAAGUCAUAUAUACACUAAAAAUACCGCUCGACUAUACACCCUAUGAUUUUUAAUAAUAUGCAUUAUUCGCAUAAUUCAUUUUUAAUUCAUUGGUAUUAUUUUAUGAUGCUUUUAUCAGCUUACUUGUAAAUAUUUUAUUUAUCAAUUUUUAAAAUUUUUUAUUUAUAAAUUCAUGUAAUACAUACAUAUAUGCAUACAUACAUACAUAUCUGAAAUGUUAGCGAAAUGGAAAGUUUCACUAGAAGUUAGUCUAUUCGUAUUUAAUCAACUGAGAAGCAAGGGUAUUUAAAAAUAUUUCCAACAAUAGCAAUAAGCGUUAGAAGUAAGUACCAAUUAAAAAAAUGUGUAACUGUAAAUAUAUUUUGGAAACAGCAAAAUUUUAGGCAAUAAAGUUAUUUUAUAUAUUAAAA